UACUCAGAUAUUUUGACCCAAAAAGUGAAGGGGCGUUCGAUAGGUUCAGUAAUUUUCGGACUUAUAAUAACGGUCUCACUGCCCCCAAACGACUUUUUGCAUUGCAUUGAUUUUUACGCCGUGCUUGCUUUAUCGAUCUAGUUUAAUUAAGUUCAAAAAUGUUCUGUGCGCUUCUGCUCGUCUGCUCAGAGUUUCCGUUUAGUGUUUUCUAACGUUGGGAUCCAUAUAUGAUAUAUGAUAUGUUCGUUGAUGUAUUGUUGCAAUAGGUGCGCCUUCACUGAUUUCGAUUUCGAAAUGGCCAAGAACAGCUUUAAGACUUUAAUCAGCCAGAAACACAAAACGUUUCCGGCGGACCUAAAUAUGUACGGAAUGAAGUGUAAAUCGCAACUGUUGGAGGAUCAGGAGAAUGUGACCCUGAUCAUCAAUCGGCGGAACUCAAUCCGCCAGAAGCCGAAGAGCUGGACGUGGGCCCUGCUGCGAUGCAGGUGGCAAAAGAAGCUAGUUCUGUUGUUAAUAUUUAUUUGUAUGUGCGUUCUAAUUGUUUUCGCCAAUACGCAUCUCUUGGUUCGCGGCAAUAUCCUUUCGGCCUUUCUUUCGAGCCGUCUCAAUAAACUCUCGCAUGCGGAGAAACAGGAGGCGGGGCGAUAUCCGGACAUCCAGGCCACGACCCCGGCAGUUCCUCCGGUUCUGAGGCCAACGCACUAUCUGCUUAACUAUUCCUCCGCCCAGCUUGAGUUGGGCUCGCACCUGAAUGGCUUCUCCUCGAACUACAACAUAUUCGUCAUCUACACCCGGGAGAACUACCAUCUGAACCUUAAGUUCGAUUUGUUCGCCCACAGUCUGCUGAAGCACACCAGUGCCCAGUUGCAUCUGCAUGUGAUUACGGACACCGAGAGCCAGACUUCGGUGCUGGAGAUCCUGCAGCGACAGAUCCGGAGGUUCCGGCGAACGGUGAUCUACACCAUAUACGAUGUGAAAGUCUGCUCCAGCAUAAUACAGGACAUAGCCGCGAAGCUGUCCCCGUACUUUAGCUCAGCCCCGAACUCGUACUACAGCGACUCGCUGUUCUUUCUGUCCCUCGGCCUGCAUAGAAUCGCCGAUAGAAGCCUGAACAGAGCCAUUCUGCUAGAUUGUGAUAUAGUCUUCCGAUCCGAUGUCCGAUUGCUGUUCAACGAGUUCGACAACUUUCUGCCGCACCAGCUUUACGGACUCGCCCCGGAACUGACACCCGUUUACCGCCAUAUCCUGUACCGCUAUCGCGUGAGGUACCCGAAGACCAGUUUUGGCAACCCGUAUUAUCCGAUGAACAACGAAAUGGGCAACCAACAUAGUCAUAUCCAUCACGGUUAUCCUGGCUUGAAUUCCGGGGUGGUCCUGCUGCUCUUGAACCGCAUCAGGAACUCAAAGUCCUAUCUGGAGAAACUGCUUCAUUCGGAGGUGCAUACCCUGGUCGCCAAGUACUCGUUCAAGGGUCAUCUCGGGGACCAGGACUUCUUCACGCUCCUGGGCUAUGAGUACCCAAAUCUGAUUUAUAGACUGGACUGCAUUUGGAACCGACAGCUGUGCACUUGGUGGAAGGAUCACGGAUAUUCUGACAUUUUUGAUGCAUAUUUCCGGUGCGAGGGCAAUAUUAAAAUGUAUCAUGGCAACUGUAAUACGCGAAUUCCAGAAUAAAUAAAAUUGUUAUAGUAAUAUUAAAAUAAUAAUCGAACGGUAGAAUGUGGGCUUAUUUCAGAAAUGAGGGUGUUGGAUAUGGAACGUUUAUGUGAUGAAAUGGGAAUGGAAUUUUGUAUUUAAAAUUUCAAGGAUUGUUUAAAAAUAUCCGUUUUCGCUAAUUAAAAGCAAUGAAAUAUAUAUACAUUUAGCAUUACAAUUUUCCAAUCAGUGGAUCGGAAGGAAAAAAAAAAUCGACAAUGUAAUAAAUAUUAAUAAUAAUUUUAAAAUCUAAGGGAUGUGAAAAUGUUAUCGAUAGGCAGACGAAGUGGGAACAUGCCACUUUCGUGGUAACAACUGAACAGGGUGGUUCGUGUGAGUGGUUUCUCCUCUUGCUUCUUAUCUUUAACCUUCAUUUCGGCUCCGUUUUUUUCACUUACGCUGAGGCUGUCUCCCUUUUUCACUGACACUUACGCUGAGGCUGUCUCCCUUUUUCACUGGCUUACGUUUUACGUUACGUUUAUGAAUUAGGACCGGACGAACCGGACGACCGGACGAAGAAUAAGUCGAGCAUAAAA